AACACUAAUUUAUUAAAUUUGUAUAAUUCUCUGUUUUAAACUCCUGGGGACGUCCCGGCGGCCACUGACUCAAGGAAGGGAAUAUUAACAUAUACACUUUAAGCUCGGGAUUUGCACACCCCUCUCCCCGCCCCGGAGGAAAAAUCACGCCCUCUGAGGACACCGCCACUCGGCCUUUAAUAAACCCGCCGCGGCCUUCCCGCCUCGCCCCGGGGAGCGCACUUCCGGCCGCAGGGGCGCUCGGGAGUUCGCCCCGCGAUCCUCCACCAACCAAAGGCUCCGCCUCGCCGGUGCGAGUGCGCGCGCGCACAUUUGUGCGCAGGUUCGAAUCUCCGCCGCUUCGUGGUUGAUCCUCAGCGUCCGGCCGCACCUCGGCGGUCGCGAGGGCAGCGUGCGCGGGCUGGGCCACACCGGCCGCCCCGCCCCCUCCGCCCUUUGCACCUUCCAGCCGCAGCCUCGCCCGGACUCGGUCCUCGCCCUUCCUACCGCGCUGCGCGCUCCGCCCUCGCCCUCCGUCCUCCGCCCCCACAGCUAUCGGCGCUCGGCCUCCCGCGCCCGGCGGGCUCCGCCCGAGCCUUCGGGGCCCAUGGCCAAGCGGCGUGCGGCCGAGCCCCUGACGUUCCACGUGCCUUGGAAGCGGCUCCUGCUCUGCGACUUUCCUGAGGAGCCGCCGCGGCCACCGCUCUGGAUCCCGCCGCCGGGGGCCUCGCAUCCCGAGCAGCCCCUCGGCGUCCCGGAGCUGCCCCGAAAGCGUAAAAUCGACGCAGGGGGUAUGACUGAGCCUUUGGUUUCGCCCAACAAGCGCCGCGACGGCGGGGACACUGGCGCUCCGGACGGCGCGGAGCGUGAGGGCCGCGGCCUGGAGACCGGCGAGCCGCCGCUGCUGCAGCCGCCUGUGCGGCCCCGCGGGCCGGGGGAGGAGCCCCGGGGCGUUCGGCCCCCGAGGGGCGGUGGCGACGACGGGGCGGAGCGCGCAGAGUCCCUGCGGGGAGACUGGGGGGCCGCACCGCGCCAGACUCGUGUUCGUCACGUCGUCCCAAAAGAUGAAAAGCCGGGAUCCUCGCCGCAAGAAUGAACACUGACCCCCCGCCCCAGGCAGCACACCAGGGGCCCCAGAGCCCACCUUUGGCAGCUUUUUGGGAGAGUCCGACGAGCUGAGAGCACUAAGCUAACUAGGGGGAGACAGACCGUUGGGUGAGGUAGUAGACGUGGCCUUGCACCUUCAGCAUCUGUGCUGUCCAAGAGGGAAGCAGGGGCGUGGGUCAUGACAGACUGUAGAACUUGGGGAAGACGUUGGCCGUGAACCGCAAUAAGUUAAGCUCAACGACAAACGUCAGAGAAAGGUGUAUUGCGUCUUCCUUGGUUUAACGAUGAUUUUUUUUCUGGAAUUCGUGAUCGAUUUUUUUCUAAAGAGGGUGAUGAAUGUGGUAGCCACCAGUUGGACAUCCUUUAGACAUGGUACAGCUCUUUUGGUUGAGAGGAAGGGCCUCCGUAUAUUGGGAAAAGGCAGUGUUAAAUCGGAUCCUAUGAAAAAGGAUCGUUGUUGAUAAUUAAUUUGGUUCUUAAGAUCAGCCGUCUGUAUGAGGAUCUUUGGAGAGUUCCUCUUCCUUGGGAAAUGAGCCUGCCCUAUCUCUGCACAUAAGAUCUGUCUAGAUCUGUGCUAUUCAGUGUGGUAGCCACUAGCUAUGUGACACAAUACCUAAAAUGGGACUAGUCCAAAUUUAGAUGCGCUCAAAGUAAAAUACACACUAGAUUUCGAAGAUCUCAAAAAAUUGUAUAUUGAAUACACGUUGAAAUAAUCUGGAGAUACUGGAUUGAAUAAAUUAUAUUAAAAUUCAUUUCACUUAUUUCUUUUACUUUUUUAAUAUGGCCAUCAGAAAAUUUAGAAUUACGUUUGUGACUGGCAUUUUGUAUUUAUUGGGCAGUGUUGGUCUAAUCUUUGGAAUUCAAGCUGCGUUUUGGCUGUUCUGGGUUGAACCAGGAGCUUUGGGGAUGGAAGAGCCAAAUGUAGAGCCCAGACUUCACCAAAUUCUCUUCAACUACUCCAUAGCAUCCACCCCACAUUUUUCCAUUGUCUCAAGUAUCUUAUGCAGAAUUUAUCAAACACCUUGCCAAUAAAAUACAGUAGUUGGGAAAAAUCUUUUUCUGUGGUCAUGAGAAAUUAUCCUUUAUAUAUAAUUAUUAUGAUGAGCAUUUCUGGAUGAAACUAUAAAUUGUAAAUGUUUCUACCCCCAGUUUUCUUGGAAUUUAGAAAACAUGAUCCUUAUUUAGAUUUUGUUUUCUUCAGACUGCUUUUAGAUAGCACUUAUGUUUUGAAAGUAGAAUAAAGAAUUAGAAUUUCCAAUUAAAUCAUGUCACACCAAUGUGCAAAACCUGAAAAAACAAAAAUCCAGAGUGACAGUCAUCCAGACCUAUUUGGUAUGGAGAUAAGUACUGUGUAGUUUGAAAACUUGGCCGUUUUUGGUACCGGACCCAUACUUAGGCUUGUCUUUCCUACCAGAAUAUACUGACUGCAGUAUGCCACAAAUUGAUAAGAGGGACAUGGAAAUGGCAGGUAAGCAAAGGAAUUUUUUAGUAAACUGACACAGACUUUUACUUAGAAUCUCCUAGACACACCUGUGUCUUCUUCCACAGCAGUGACCACAUCUGACAGCUCUCUGCUUCUUGUAGUCACUACAAGCCUGUGACAGGGAACCAGCUUGCUUCUAGGGGUUCCUUCUUCAUCCAGACUAGUCCCCUGUUCUCUUUUGGCAAUAGCCCAGGAACCCUCAUGUUCCUUUCUUUUGUUCUGUUCCUUGAGCUGCUUCUUUGUGCAAACUUAAUAUUUUCCAACUUCCCUCUUUCUUUCCUGCCACCAAAGAUGCAUGGUUUUUGUUUUAAGGGUCUUACAGCCAAGGGAAAAUAGGAUAUAGCAAAAACAUGUAGAAGUUAAAAAGCUUUUUCACUUCAUGUAGCAAAUGUCUUCCUGGUUCCUGUUUUGCUCAGAAUAGAGCUUAAGUCUCUACCCUUACCCUUGGGAUCUCAUUUGGGAAGAAUUUCCUCAAAUAUGUCCUUUCUAUAUUGAGGAUGCAAUCUAGGCAGAAUCGUAGUACCUAUUUUUCUGUACUAGAACCUCAGAAUAUUUGAGUUGUUUCAGGUGUUUUUUUAACUGGAGAACUAAAA